AUGGGAGAGACAAAUAAAUGGAGGAUUGUCCUUCUUGGAAAAACAGGAGCUGGGAAAAGUAGCCUAGCAAACACAAUAUUUGGAAAGAAAGUGUUCAAAAACAACAAUUCUCCCAACUCUGCAACAAAACGAUGUCAAACAAAAACCAGACCUGUCAAUGGAAGAAUAAUCAAAUUGAUCGACACUCCUGGUUUCUUUGACACAGACAGACCUGAAGAGGAGCUGAAGCCUGGGAUAAUGAGGUGUAUCAGGAAAUCUCUUCCUGGGCCUCAUGCUUUUCUUAUUGUGCUUAAAUUGGAGAGAUUCACUGUGCAGGAGAAAGCUGUCAUUGAGAUAAUAGGUAAAUAUUUCUCUGAAGAAGUUUUCAAAUAUGUUACAAUUGUCUUCACUCAUGGUGACCAGCUUGAAGAAAGAAAGGAAAUUGAGGACAUCAUCAGUGAUAAUCAGGGUCUGAGUGAUCUGGUGCAGAAGUGCGGCAACCGAUGUCAUGUCAUUGAUAAUAAAUACUGGAAGAACAACCAGCAGGAUGAAUACAGGAGCAACCAGUUCCAGGUGAAGCAGCUACUCAAGACAAUAGACAAGAUGGUGAUGGAAAACAACAGCAGCUAUUACACAAAUAAAAUGCUACAGAAAAUGGAGAGAAUGACGAAACAGAAGGGAAAGAGAAAAUUCAAAAAAAUUCUCAAGUCUGUUCGUAUUCCCGCAGAAGUAUUGUUUAGAGCUUUUCUUGGUGAGUCAGCAAUGAUCAUUGCUGUUAUCACAGUCUUUAUGACUAUGCCAAAACCGGUAGCAGUUGGAGUAGAGGAGCUUGCAGUGGGAGCAGCAAGAGUAGCUGCAGCCAUAGCUGGAUUAGAUAUAGCUGCAGGAGCUGCUGUUGCAGCAGGAGCAGUGAAAAACCUACUGGGGAAAACUGGAUCUGGGAAGAGCAGCCUGGCUAACACCAUAUUCAAAGAGGCCAAAUUCAAAAUUAACCAUGUUAAUGAAUUGAAAACACAUUUUUCUGAAGCAGUAACCAAAUCAGUCAAUGGAAGAAGCAUCACUUUGAUAGACACUCCUGGUAUCUUUGACCCAGGUCUGUCUGAAGAGGACAUGAAGCCUGAGAUGAUGAGGUGUAUCACUGAGUGUGCUCCUGGGCCUCAUGCUUUCCUCAUUGUGCUUAAAGUGGAGAAAUUCACUAAGCACGAGAAAGCUGUCAUCACAAAAAUGAGUGAAUAUUUCUCUGAAGAUAUCUUCAAAUAUGCUGCAGUAGUCUUAACUCAGGGUGACCAGCUCCCAGAAGGAAUGAAGAUUGAGGAGUUUGUCAGUGAAAGUGAGCAUAUGAGCGAUCUGGUGAAGAAUUGCAGCGGCCGGUGCCACGUCGUUGAUAAUAAAUACUGGAAGAACAACCAGCAGGAUGAAUACAGGAGAAACCAGUUCCAGGUGGCAGAGCUACUCAACACUAUAGACAAGAUGGUGAUGAAAAACAAAGGAGGCUACUACACCAAUGAAAUGCUACAAACAGUGGAGAGAGAAAUACAGAAAGAGGAAGAGCGCAUCAGACUGUCACCAGGAAACAUCUCACAGGAAGAGAUCAGACAGCAGGCUAAAAGCAGAGUCUUAAAGAAGCAUCUGAACAAUGCACCACAUAGACGUAUUAGACGUUUUGUGGGUUUUGCGUUCAUUGCUGGAUUAAUUGCAGUUGUCUCAGCUGUGUUGAUCAAGUCAAAAUUUAAGAAAGAUGAAGUAUUAGCAACACCACUAGCAACAGUGAGGCAGAAGGAGAAGCAGAAGAAGAAGCAGUACCAACAGAAGCAGAGGAUGGAGCAGAUGAAACAGAACAAGAAGAGGAAGAAAAAACUGAGGAAGAGUCAACAACAGAGGCAGAAGACGAAGAAGGAGCAUCAACUGAAACAGAAGGAGAAGAAAAGGAGGCAACAACAGAAGCAGAGGAUGGAGCAGAUGAAACAGAACAAGAAGAGGAAGAAAAUAGAAAAAGAAAAAAUGAGCAGGCUAAAAAAGAUGCAAACAGAGAAGAAGCAACAAAAACAAAAAAAGAAGCAGCAAGUAGUGGAUCAGGUGGUUUUUUUGGGUUCCUCACAGGUCUAG